AUGGCCUCUGCACUCACUUCCGAAAUUCCUGGUGCUGACCCAGCAUGGCAUCGUCGCCAUGAUCACCCGUACUUCAAGGAAAGCCAUUAUAAGCUUCAGAGAUUCGUUCGUGAGUAUGUCGAUCGAGAUAUUGCGCCAAAUGUCGAGGAAUGGGAGAGAAAUGCUGAGGUUCCGGAAUCAGCUUUCAAGAGACAUGCAUCUCUGGGAUUUCUGGCCGCAUCAGCGUUUCCAAUCCCCAAGGACUAUGUGAAGGGUGUGACAUUACCCGCUGGGCUGAGUGUGGAUGAAUGGGACGAGUUCCACGAUGCAAUCAUCAUCGAUGAAAUGGCUCGAUCUGCUUGUCUAGGCACCAUCUGGGGUAUCAACGGCGGCGCGACCGUCGGAGGGCCGCCCCUCGACCGUUAUGGCUCACCAGUGCAGAAAGAGAAAUAUCUUGCUCCUCUUCUGCGUGGACAGCAAAGACAUUGUCUCUGUGUGACUGAGCCACAGAUUGGCUCUGAUGUAGCCGGGCUCACGACAACCGCUAAGAAAACUCCAGAUGGGAAGCAAUACGUGCUCAGUGGUGAGAAGAAGUGGGUGACCCAGGGUCGUUGGGCUACCCAUGGGCUGGUAGCUGCGCGGACCGGGCCUGUUGGUGCUAAGGGUAUCUCUGUGUUCAUUGUGCCCCUGGACAACGAGAAGAUCUCGAAGAGAAAAAUCGAGAACUCCGGAGUCAGCUCCAGUGGGUCAACAUAUAUUGAGUUCGACGAAGUCCUGGUGUCUGCCGAGAACUUGCUGGGCAAGGAGAACCAGGGCUUUGAGAUCAUUAUGUCUACCUUUGCCCACGAACGACUGUGGGUAGGUAUCACAGCACUUCGACUCGGACGCGUCGCUUACGAAGACGCAUAUCGAUAUGCCUUGAAGCGCGAAACCUUCGGCAAGCCUCUUUUUGAGAACCAAGUGAUCCGCCAGAAGUUCUCGCGAAUGGCAAACAUGCUCGAGCCAACCCAAGCGUAUGUGGAGGAGUUGGUACAUCGUUCUAUUCGUUUGCCGUCGCUGGAUUUCUCUCCUCUAGCAGCCAUGCUGAAAGUGCAGGCUGCACACAAUCUAGAAAAGAUCUCCAGAGAGACACAGCAGGUGUUUGGUGGUCUUGGGUACUCUCGACAAGGUCAAGGGCAGAGGGUUGAGCAAAUUAGCCGCGAUGUGCGUGUCUUGGUUGUGAGCGGUGGCAGUGAGGAGAUCUUGCUUGAUAUGAUUGCCAAGCAGCAACGCAAACUGGCACAUCUUUAG